AGGAAUAGCUUCGCUUCAGCUGAAAAAAAUCCAUGCCUCAGUAAUAACAUAUAUGAAUGACUCUCUAUGGAUCGCAUUAAACAAAGAAUCACUUACCAAAAUCCUCAAUACUACCUCCUCAUUCUACAGAUUUGCCAGUAUAAAGAUCAACCCACAAAAGUCUAUCUUG